ACUCGAGGUGCGAACUUAAAAAAAAAAUCAUAAAAAACCCAUUUACAACACAAAAACCCAUCAAUUAAAUCCUGAAAGAUCUUGUUACAACAAUUCAACAGCGAAGCGUGGCAAAGUUAUUGUUCAAAUAACUCAACAAAAAAAAAAUCUUUUAUUUUUCAAAAAAAUCAUUGAAAAGUAAUUUUUUCUACACUUUUCGUCAACAACAACCAGCAACGAAGAUGACAGAAUCUUUGAAAUUCGGUCCCGAAUGGCUCCGCAAUACAGUGGCUCCGGCACUCGAUGCCGCCGCGAGUUUGACAUCGAAUGCGUCAAAUAGCUCGUCGCGCUACCCGCUGGCAGAGUUCCGUUACGGCAGAGAAGAAAUGUUGUCUUUGUUCGACAAAAACAUAAAGCUGCCCGAAAUCUAUUCAAAAUAUAAGAAAUUGUUUGUGGAUAAGAUACAGUGCCCGUUGGCGUUGACACCAUCCACAGACGAGGAGCUCGAGUAUUCGCGGAGUGCGUGGCCAACGCGUUCUGUGGGCGCUCCCGGAUCCACGGGCGGCCGAGGCAGGGGAAUUUCCGCGGAACGGGGCAGAGGUCGUGGCAGAGGCGUUUAUCAUCCGUCAUAUCAGCGAUCGACUUCGUUAUAUGACGAGGAGGGGCGCUCCAUUGGAAGGGGAGAACGUCCUUGGCUCGAACGCAAUGGCACGGGAGACGGCGUCGGCGAAUUUGGCACAACAACGAGUCCCCGCAAGGAAUAUGGGCGCGUUGGUGCGGAAAAUUGGCGCCGCAGUCGAACGGAUGAAGAAGGUACAGCAGGCGGCAGCGAAUGGCGAAGCUCGGGCUUUUCGACGCGCGACACGAAAUGGGGAGCAGGUCGUUCGUGGCGCGACGACGAGUAUGGCGGCGGCAGCAAGGAGGAAUACCAACGAUCCGUUAGCAAUCCGAACGGCUCGAAUGGCAUCGAACGAAAACCCUACGCGUCGGCGACGGGCCUGAAAAAACGUUCUUGGGGCGAAGGCGACGAAUCUUCGCUGCCCGAAUGGGCGACGGAAGAUCCCUCCGACUAUGGCGGAAGUUUCGAUGCGACGGGAGCUUUUCACGAUUCCGAAGACGAUGAUCCGCGAAAUCAUCAUCAUCAUCGACAACGUUCGCCAUCGGGAAAAGUUCAAAACGACACGAGGAGUGAAAAGCGCGAAGUGACAACAGCGACGACCGCAACGAAAAAGCAACAAGAAACGCAAGAUCGAAGCAGUGAGGAGCGCGAAGUGGAUCGAAAAACGGAAUCUUCGUCGUCGGAAAGCAAAAGCAAUGAAGGAUCUCUCGAAAAGGAAGUGAAACCCGUACCGAACAACGUGGAAAAUGCGAAACGUGCCAAGGAAAGUCCCACGGAAACGCCCGUUGUGCCGCAAACUACGGAAUUGCGACGCGUCGCAGGCACGGGACGCGUUCAAAACAUCUCAGAAUCAAGUGUGGAUCGCAUGCAAGAAGUAGCUGACGACAUGGUGGCCCAAUUGAUGAUGGAAGACGAGCUGAUAAACGCGUUCGAGAACGAUUUGGGUCUCAACAAGUCCGGAACGAGUCCCUUGAUGGGCGGCAACGGCAUGCCAAAUAAUCGUUCGUCAUCCGCAAGUCAUCAGCAUCAAGCGCAACAACCCCCGACGAGACCCAAUCCCGCUUCCACGGACUUUUGGUACUACCAAGACCCCCAAAAUAAGGUUCAAGGACCCUUUUCGGCCGCCGAAAUGUCGGAAUGGUAUCGCGCCGGGUACUUUGACGAGAAACUUUUUGUGCGUCGCGGAUGCGAUUCGCGUUUCUCGACGCUCGGUGACCUGAUAAAGAUUUGCGGCGGCGCCAUGCCUUUCAUUUCAUCGCAUUUAAUACCAGCAAUGGUCACACCUGAGCUUCCAGUUUUGCAGAAUCCGUUGUUAUCCGCCCCCAUGCUCGACGACGUGCAACUCAAAUUUCAACUUCAUGCGUUGCAAAAGCAGUUUAUGGUGCGUCAGCAGCAAAUUAUUCUGCAAAAACUCAUGGCAACCGAGCCAUGGACCAUGCUGACGACGGAACAGCAAAAUACAAUGUUGUCGCAUCACAUGUCGCAAGUAACGUUGCCCGAUAACCUGAUGACGACGGCGAGCCUUGUGGGACUUAAUCCGGCGCAAUUGCAACAAUUGCACCAACAAACGAUGCAGGGCACGUCUCCCGCAUCGCAGCAACCACAGUCGAAUAGUCAUAAUGUGCCUUCUAAUAUUAUUUUGAACCAAGCGGCGUCUCCGGCGAAUCAGCGACACCCGGCAACGGCGACACAAAAUGCUCCCGCCAACAACGGGACACCUCAAAUGCCCCAAAAUCCCGACCAGAUUCGUCAGUUAAUCCAUUCGAUGAGUCUCGGGCAGCCCCAAGUUCCGCAGAAAAUGUCACCGAUUGAAGCCGAUCCGAUAAAAUCGCUCAUCAUGCAACUUUCCAUGCAGAAAAAUAGUCCCGUUCCUUCGAAUAUGCAGCCUGGACAUCCGUUAGCGAAGCCAAUGGGUCAUCCAGAUCCCGUUUUCCCGUGGGGCAUGCCCGGAAAUCAGCAGCAAAUGCUUCACAUGCAAUCGCCGCAGCAGCAGCCCAACACUCAAUUCCAUCAUCAAAUGCGAAACAUGCCCGGCUUCAAUAUGAUGGAAAGCGACAUGGAGCUCCGAAAAAAUGAAUUACAACAACAACAACAAAGCCAGCAAUGGAAUGCGAAUGCUCCCGUGACGACGCCCGGAUCAAAGGCCUCGUCGUUGCUCAGCAUGUGGGAAAUGCCGCCAAUUAAGACGCCCGUCAUCAAUAACGGCGACAUCAUGCCGAACAAUAAUUUUGUCGAUGCCGCAAAGACUGAACAACAAGAGCAGCAAGAAAAGCAGCGACAAUUCCUCCUGGAGGAACAACAAAGACACAUGCAGCAGCAACAGCAAAAUCACGCGCCAGUUGAGGAGAAAAAACACGAAGAAGAAGAAUUGAAGACGCCGCCGACGGAAAUGAAAGUUGUCGAGUCGAAGGAAUCGAAGCGACAAGCGAAAAAGGCUGAACAAGAACAAGAAACGGCCAAAAAUAAGCAAAAUAAGAAGGGCGGCGAUGCGAAUAAGGGUCAGCAACAGCAACAGAGCUCAAAGGCGAAAUCGGCGCAGAAGGAGGCUGAUGAGAAAAAACGCAAAGCUGACGAGAAGAAAAAGUCGAAGGAAAUGAAGGAACGUCAACAGGUCGAGGAGAAGCGCAAACAAGAGGAAAUGAUGGAACAGCAACGCAAAUCCAAGUUACUCGAAGCUCAGCGACGCGAGACGCAAAUGAAGAUUCAAGAAGAGCAACUUGCGAUGCAGCAACAACAGGCAGCCCAUAACAAGGCUCAGCAACAGCAACAACAACAGCAGCAGCAACAACAAAAUCAACGUCCCGUCACUCAAAUGGCUCCGUGGUCAAAUAGUUUGGCAGCGGGUCAAUCUGGUCCCAGUCUCGCUGAAAUUGAGAAAGCUGAACGCCAACAACGUGCCGAGCAAAUGCGCAUCGAGCAAGCAAUGCGCGAACAACGCGAACAGCAACAAAUGUUCGAGAUGCAACAAAAGCAAGAAAGUAUCUUAAAAUGGAACGCUCAAAAUAUCAUGCCGGCUGCGGUAAAAUCUCUCGCGGAAAUUCAAGCCGAGGAACAUGCGAAGCAAACUGCCGUCGAAAAGGAGUUGCAAGCACAAAAUGCUGCCAAGCAACGCGAAGAAGAAAAGAAGGGAGUUUCGAACAUGGCGUCCUUCUGGAGUACAACGGCACAACAAUCCGCCUGGAAUACCGGCAAAAUUUGGGGAUCGGGUGCCUCGUCGAACUUUUCUACGUCGGGCGGCGGCUUCUGGGAAGAGCCCACGAAGGUUGCGACAAAUCAAAAGGGCAAUGCGCAAAGCGGCGGCACCAAAAUGUUGGCGAAAAGUCAAACGAUGGGCAGCAUCACGACAAAUAAAGCAGCUCAAAAGGAUCAGAAAGCGAAGCAGGCGGCUUCCGCUGCGGCGUCAUCCAAUGCAAAAAGUGUCACAAACAGCAACAAGACAAAUGCCGUUGCCUCGUCUGCCACAAAAGCCGCGAAAAGUGACAAGAAAAGCGAGGACAGCCAUAAUGCUGAAUUCAACGCUUGGUGUUGCAAGGCAUUGAAUAAUUUGAAUGCGGAAGUUGAUGUUCCCACUUUUGUUGGAUUUUUGCACGACAUUGAGUCACCUUAUGAGAUCAAGGAUUAUAUCAAAAUGUACUUGGGUGAAACCAAAGAAUGCAUUGAAUUUUCUAAACAAUUUCUCGAACGUCGCAGCAAAUUGAAGAACCAACAACGGGCCCAAAACGCUCAUAUCGAUGACAUGUGUUCACCAGCGCCUGCGUUGACGCCAAACGAUUUUCAAGAAGUCAAGAAUAAAACUAAAAAAGUGAAAAAGGGGAAGAUGACCAAGGUCGAUAAUCGUAUGCUCGGUUUCUCCGUGACCGCAUCGCCCCAUUGGAAUCUUGAAAAGAACAUGGAUUCAUCAUAAAAAGUCUUCUAAAAAAACACAACAAAACUACAAACACGAAAAAUGUAGCAAAAAAUCAUAUUACAAAAAUUAUGAUAUGAAAAAAAAAAUUGUUGAGUCUAUUUUGAUCUUUUAAUUAAGUUUUAUUUCGUUCACUUAAAUUGUAUUUGAUUAUUCAAGCAAAAGCAAGAAAUACAAGAAAAAUAUGACAAUUAAAGUGCAUAAAUGCAUAAAAAGUUCGUAACUCGAGACAUGAUUAAAUAAAGCGAAAUA